AUGGAAGAGCCAUCAUCAGCUGACCAAGAAGAUGGUGGUGUUGGUGGUUACACAUCAUCAAUGAUCACAAAGAUCAAGAAUCAUAAUAACAGUAAUAACGGUAAUAAUAAGUACAAUACUAUUAGUCACAACAGUAUCAAUCCAAUACAUCGAACUAGACAAUCACUUGUUAUUGUUGGAGGUGGUAGUCCUCCCAAACACUUUAAUCGUCCUAUUCCCCGUGGCGAUGAUGAUAACUACAUCACUAACAACUCCACCACCACCACCACAAUGUCAAACAAUGAAAAAAGAAAGUCACUACCAGCAUCAUUCUUUAAACAACAUCUAAACAAGGAUAAAGAUAAAGAUACAACACCUUCUUCAGAAUCUCCCAACAAAUCAUCAAAUAAUUUAUCAUUUAUGUUUAAGAAAUUAAAUAAUAAUAAUAAUAACAAAGAUAUCAAUAUUAAUAACAAUAAUAAUAAUCAAAAUAAUGUAACAAUACCACAACAACAACAGCAACAACAACUAACACAAUUACCAAACUUGACAAAUAAUGAACCAUUAGAGAGAUUAAGAGAAUCAAAUAGAAAGGGUCUAGGUGAUGUAUUGUCACUUGUCAAACCAUCACCCUUUGCAUUAAUCAUCGAUGCCAAGACUACUUCACUAUUGAAUCUAAUUACCGAUGUAGUAUUUUUAAAGACAAAUGGAGCAGAUAAAAUAUAUAAAUUAAAUAAUGGUAGAUUGGAUACUGAUUGUCAAUCGAUAGUUUAUUUAUUAAGACCAACCUUUGAAAAUAUAAAUAUAGUUAUUGGCCAUGUGAACCAACACCGAUUGGAUGGAUUAAAAAAGGAAUAUACAAUCAUCUAUAUACCUAGAAUUAAUUUAAAAUGUGAACGAUUGUUGGAAGAACACUUGGGGUGUACUAUUACAUCACUAGAGUAUCCAUUGGAUUUAGUGGUACUUGAUAAUGACCUAUUAUCACUUGAACUACCAACACUAUAUUCAGACUUGUACCUAGACCAUGAUAAAUCUCAACUUUCAAUUAUAACCAAAUCAAUUCAAAAAUUACAAUUACUCUAUGGUGGUGGUGGUGGUAGAAUCCCUCAUAUCAAAGGAAAAGGACAUUACUCUAAAUUAGUUUUUGAUUCAUUAUUAAGAUCAAAUCAACACUUAACUACAGUUUCAAAAGAGAUUGAUACUUUAAUGCUUAUUGAUAGACAAGUCGAUUUAAUUACACCACUUUGUACACCAUUAACAUUUGAAGGUUUAAUAGAUGACUUCUUUUCAAUUAAUAAUAAUGAACAUGUAUUGGAAAAUACAUCCAAAAAACAACAACAACAAGUUGUUAAAAAACCAGGACAGCAAAAAGUAUCAUAUCCAUUACAUUCUGGUGAUAAGAUAUACAGUCAAUUAAGAGAUAGAAACUUUUCAUCGUUGGUUGGUAUGAAUGGUAUUUUAAAUAUGAUUACAAAGAAUUUAGAUGAUCCUCAAUCAACGUUGGAUGGUUCAGAAAGUUUAACAACCAUUAAAAAUAUCAUUCGUAAAGUAAAUGCACAGCGACUCGAGGAAAACUCACUCUCUAUUCAUAUCGCACUCUCUAUUCAAAUUCAAACGAUUACAUCUGAUAAAUAUUUCUCUAAUAUUUUAGUAAAUGAACAAAGAUUAUUACAUAAUCAAGAUAUUCAUCUAGUUGAAGAAUAUAUUGAAGAAUGUAUUAUGAGAAAGGAGUUGUUAUGGAGAGUAUUGAAAUUAAUGUCAUUGUAUAGUUUGGUUAAAGGAAGUAUCAAUACGAGAUUGUAUAAUAGAUUAAAAAUGCGUAUUGUUCAAAUAUACGGUUGUGAACAUCUCAUUACACUAAAUAAUUUGGAAAAGGUUGGAUUGUUAAAAGAAGCGACUACUAGUAGUAGUAGUAGUAUGGAUAGUAGUCCAAUGUCGUCUACUGAUAAUGGUAAUAAUAAUCAAUCAUCAACAAUAUUUAAUUGGAUAAAUGAAGAGUUGGAAUUGGUAAAAGAAGAUAUAGAUGAAUUGGAACCAAAAGAUAUCGGAUUUGUUCAUAGUGGAUAUGCACCAUUAUCCUGUCGUCUCAUACAACACGCAUUCUCUAGGAAAUUGGAUGGAUGGAAAGGAAUAGAAUCAAUCUUGAAAGCGUUACCUGGUGGUCCAACAUUUGAAGAGUCAUAUCCUUCUCCAUCGCUGCCUCAACAACAGAUAAAUACAAAUAGUACAACAACAACAACAACGACAACACCAAAAACGAUAAUAUAUUUUAUUGGAGGAGUGACAAGAACGGAAAUAUCAGCUAUUCGAUUCUUGGGACAUAAAAUGAAAAGAGAUUUCUUGAUUAUCACUACCAAGAUUAUUAGUAAUGGCAAUGCCUCAUCUUCACUCUUUACAAAUUUAAUAGAGAAUUUCAACAACAGAGAGAACCCAUGA